CAUCGAUCGGCUGCUGCUGGAAGGCAACAACAACAAGAGCGGCGGUGGAGGAGACUGCUGCCAUUUUCAUUUUCCAGUCCCAGUUGAACAAGUCCAACUGCCCAAACGACGCGGCAACCUGCUCUCUACUCUACUCUACUCCUGUUGCAAAUGGCCAGAGCUACAUGCCAUCACCUCAUUCCUUCAUUGGCUCUUCAAUUCAAAUCCUCUUCCUUUUUGCAGAACCCCACCUUACCUUGGCGGAACAUCGCACAAACCUCCUACUUCCUUGCCUCCAGGAGACGCAACUCCACAAAAAUAAGCAUGAGCCUCAAAGCCGGAAUCGUCGGCCUUCCCAACGUCGGAAAAUCAACUCUCUUUAAUGCCGUUGUCGAAAAUGGUAAAGCCCAAGCUGCUAACUUCCCUUUUUGUACAAUAGAGCCAAAUGUGGGGAUAGUUGCUGUACCAGAUCCUCGUCUCCAUGUGCUAUCUGAUCUUAGUAAAUCUCAAAGAGCAGUUCCAGCUUCCAUAGAAUUUGUAGAUAUUGCAGGCCUUGUGAAAGGGGCUAGUAAGGGGGAGGGUUUGGGAAAUAAGUUCUUAUCACAUAUUCGUGAAGUGGACUCCAUACUUCAGGUUGUAAGGUGUUUUGAAGAUAAUGACAUAGUUCAUGUGAGCGGCAUUGUUGAUCCAAAGUCAGAUGUUGAUGUUAUCAACUUAGAGUUGAUCUUUUCAGAUCUGGAUCAGAUUGAGAAAAGAAUGGAGAAACUCAAGAAAGGAAAAGUCAAAGAUUCACCGUCAAAAGUAAAGGAAGAAGCUGAAAGGGCAGCCCUCGAAAGAAUUCAGGCAGCUCUAAUGGAUGGAAAGCCAGCACGAUCAGUAGUAUUAACAGAUAUUGAGAAGGAUGCUAUAAAGCAUCUUUACUUAUUAACUAUGAAACAUGUUAUAUAUGUGGCCAAUGUGGCAGAAUCUGAUCUAGCUGAGGCGGAAAGAAAUCCUUAUGUCCAAAAUUUGAUGAGCCUUGCAUCUGAGUUGCAGUCUGGGAUGGUUACAAUUUCGGCACAGGUUGAAUCAGAGCUUUCUGAACUUCCACUUGAAGAAAGAACAGAAUAUUUGAAGUCACUUGGUGUCAAUGAAAGUGGCCUUGGUAAUCUUAUUAGAACAACAUAUUCCCUCCUAGGACUUCGUACUUAUUUUACAUCUGGUGAGAAGGAAACAAAAGCAUGGACUAUACUUGCAGGAAUGACUGCUCCUCAAGCUGCUGGUGUAAUUCACUCUGACUUUGAAAAGGGUUUCAUUAGGGCAGAAACGGUUGCCUAUGAUGAUUUUGUUAAGUCAGGCUCAUUUGCGGCGGCUAGGGAGAAAGGACUGUUGAAAUCGGAGGGGAAAGAUUACAUUGUACAAGAAGGGGAUGUAAUGCUGUUCCGAUUCAAUGUCUAAUCAGAAGUUGGAAGUAAUCAACAUUUAAGUUUGCUCUCCCCCCAUCAAAAAAGAUGAAAAAUAGGAAAAACUUUGGAGCACCAUGGAUGCUUUUUAGAACAAUAUUAUGAUUUGGGGCUUUAGAAUUACAAUUUUGAUUAUAAGUGCGACAAUAGUGGUUCUUUUGCCAUGUUGAAUCCACGAAUGACAUGCCAAAAGAAAAGAUGGAUUUUGGAAAAUGAAGUAUGUCUUUAGCUUUUUUUUGUUGUUUAUCUACAUGAAGUUAACAUUAUUUAAAUGCCUAAGCCUAGGAUGGAUAUUUAAUUUUUAUGAUGUUUC